CAAGAUUUUUUAAGGAUAUUGCUUUUCCAGUCAAAAAAUUCUUACCCAGAAAUGAAUUUAGAAACAUUUAAAGAUGGCCUGAAUCUCGUUCAAAUUAUCAUCUGCCUAGUUCAUCUGCAUUGAAAUUACUUGGCAUAAUUGUUUUCAAGACAUCUUUUCAAUCUUUUUAUUUGCCCUAGGAAACGCAAAAUACAAAUUUAGGUUUAGUAAAGUCAUCAGGUCUUCUUUCUUUUAGCAGUGGCACAACCAGUGGGGAUGGGUGGGUAUAUAUCAAUAUCCCCUGGUAAAUUCGUAGAAUGGUUUGGCAAUAAAAGCUCAGAAAGAGCUAUAUCUUCACUUCCCUACGUUGAUUUACACACAGUUCAACUUGUUGAAAGCUAAAAAAAGGAUUCUUUAUAUCUAGGUGACUUCAUACCCUUUAGAUUUUUUUUUAUUACGCCAUUAGUGUGUGGGGAUUUUUAGUUAUUCCGCAAGACUCAGUGAAAUGAAAAUGAGUGAUUCAUGUUAAAAACUGACAAGAAGUCUACUUGCUCAGGAGCUACUUAAUGAGUACCUCUAGGUACAGUACUGGGACCAAUGUUAAUUUUGGUAUACACCAAUGACCUCACAGUAAAGGUAAAAAUGUAGAUUUGGCUCUUUACUGAUAACCUUUAUUUACAUGGAUCUGCAUUGAAAUUACUUUGCAUAAUUUUUUUCAAGAUAUCUUUUCAAUCUUAACUACAGUAGAAGAUGAAAAAUUAUGAAAGCAGACCUGGAUGCCUUGGUGGGAAAAGAAAUGGUUCGUGGAAACUCGUCUGGAGAAAUACAAACAGGUGAAAGAAACACACACAAAAAACUGAAACAAAUCAAAACAUUAUAUUGCAAAAUAUCUGCAUGAAAUGAAAAAUCAAAAAGAAGAUCCCAAAUACAUUGGGUCAUUCUCAAACUGAAGCACAUAUGAAAACGCAUUUAUUCAAUGCGCGAUGUGUGCAAACUAAACGGGAGCUAUACCUAAACAUUGCAACCAGUGGCGGCGCCAGCUAGCACAGAAUAAAAGGGGUAAUGGGCGCGGCCAGUGAGACCGUGCCCCUAGCGCUUUUUAUUCCAUUUUUAAAAGAAAUAUAUAGACCAUAUUGUCAGAAAACUGGGCGGGGGGUAAUUACCCUCCUUGGUCUUACCCUCCCCCUAAAUACCACUCCUUGGCGCCGCCACUGGCCCCAACUUGAACAUACAAAUUAGAGAGCUGCCAUAUUUAUCUCCCUUGGACCAGGGAUUUAUUUACCCCUCUUUUCAGAGCAAAAGCUUUGCCAGAACAUAAGUAACCUCCAAUUAGCUUGAUUCCACUUUUAGACGAUCAUCUUGAAAAGAAAACCCCUACAGGCAUCACGUAGCAAGAGGGCUAGGGGCUUUCGAAACUGCAAAAACUUCACAAUGAAUCACCAUUUAUGCCUCUUUUUAUUCUGUAGCCCUCCCUCCACACUUUCUUAGACCCCCCUCUUUUCUCAAUGCUGCGCGGUGCCUGCCAAGCCCUCUUAAUAACAUCUGUUUAUUGACCUGCGGUGAUUGAUGUUAGAGAAACUUUAAAAGGUGUAGAAAAGCACAAUUGUCAAUGUUGUAGGAAGGAUAGAAUUAUUGGGGCACCAUUGUUUUAGAACAAAGGUAAAGAAAGAACUGUUCAUUGAAUACAAAGGAUUUCUUGUCCCCCAAAUAUCCUUUGGGAGGCAGAAAAGAAAAAUAUUAGUAACGACUGUGUUUGAUAGGCAGAACAAAAAAAGAACAUUUUUUAUCGUGACGGGAUACAACGAAAUGAAUACACCCCCAAAGAUUUAGGAGGGAGGCCACAAACCAAACCUGCAUAAUUUAUUCAUAGGUCACGUGGUCACACUGGCAUGCCGUUAUUCUUUGAAAGGCCACCAUUUGCAUUUGAAACUGAUUCAAAAAUCCAAAACGAAUACUGCUUAAAACAUCGUUAUUUUGUCGAAAAGGAGUGAUCUAUUGGCCCUCUUUCAGAGCAGUAUCGCAGCUAGGUGAAAGUUUUAUUUCGACGAGUUAGCCGGUCGAAAGGCCACGGAAUUGGUUGAAAAGAAGUGCUGCGUUGAUUGCCAUUGUUGUCGUCUUCUCCUACUACACGCACAUCACAAAUUCGAACAAGUACUCGGGGUUUCUCCAUCCGCUUGAAGGAAGCUCAGAUGGCGACUCUUCAAGAUGCUGCUUCACAGCAGGAGCCCACUAAAAUAAAGACAGAAGAUGAUUUGGAAGAAGCUCAAGCAGAAAAUAAAAGCUAUUUAUCAACCAGAGAUGGUCUUGAAACUCAGGACCCAGAUGAAUUGAUGAUAACAGAUGAGUGCGAAGAUUCAGAAAAUAUCAAACCAGAUAUUAAAGACAAUGAAUCAAGUGAUGUUAAGGAAAAAGAAAGCUCUGAGCAUGGCUCUCUUGAUGCAAGCCAACAGCCACCUGAUUUGUUCACUGGUACAUUUCAAGAAGAUUCAACAAAUGCUCAUGUGCUUGACAGACCACCAGAGGAAGCAGAUGUUUAUUUGGCAACCCCAGACAGCAAGUUUCCACAAUCAUCUCUGUCAGGUAGUUUAAAAGACAGAAAUGAUGCAGUGGCUGCAGACACAUGCACUGAUGUUAACAAAGUUACUUCUGAUGAAACUGGGCUUAAUUUGUCAGAUGCUGAGGUGAAAUCUAGUGUACAGGAUGACAGAGAGAUGCAAAUAUUAUCUGAUGCAUCAGUAAUCUCAACCUCACAGGAAUCUCAGUCAACAGAAACUCCAGUUGUCACAAUGCAGGCAAUUGAGAACCAAGGAGGACAGCUUUAUCAGCAACAGCCAACAUAUGUGCUUUUACAGACAACUGGGGACCAAGAUGGCAAUGGACAGCCCCAGGUAUUCCUUGCUAUGCAGACAGGUUCUGUAUCAGGACAGGAUUCACAGGCUUAUAUAACACUGCACCCAGUUUCUGUGGAAGGUCAGGAAAUCACAGGUGCUUUGUCCACUGAAGGUCUUAAUCUUCAGCAAGCAGUCUUUUCACAAUCAGGUAUAUCUGGUGAUGUAUCGCUGGAGCUCAAUCCUCAUGUUUCCUUGGCGGAUGUCAAAGGACUACAGUUGUCCUCAGUAUCUGAUGCUUCUUCACAGAUGUAUAUUCCUGCAUCCGGCCAUCUUGUUACAUCCAGUGAUGGAGAUCCGACCGGAAGUGGUGUAAUAACAUACAUCCAACCAGUUAAUUCAAUGAGUGGUGGACACACCCAAGUAUUGAUGGCUGUAGCAGAAGACGAAUCAGAGACAUUGGAUAAUGGUAAUUCUGUCAGGAUCAGGGCCAAGGAAGCGGCAACUAUUGCUGGAAACCUCAUUGGUGUUCCCGUCCCCAUACAACCGCCUAGCCCUCCUGCGCAAGGACAGAAGCAAGUUCAAGGCGCACAAAAUGCUGUCUCAGUGGCGGCUUCUGCGCAGUCACGAAGGCGUCUCAGCAACGACCCCAGGACAUGCGAUGAAUGCGGAAGAUCGUUCAAGUAUCCGUCGGAUUUGAAAAAGCAUCUUCAAAUACACACAGAUAUGAAGAAAUUUCAGUGUGAUGAAUGUUGUCGAUGUUUCCGAAGGCUUCACCAAUUAAAUGUUCAUAAAAGGAUACACAGUGGGGAGAAACCUUACUCAUGUAACAGAUGUGGCGCUCAGUUUCGACACGAUUCUACCCUAACAAUGCACAUCCGCACUCGACACGAUCAUCUGAAACCUUUUUCGUGUGAAGGUUGUGGCAAGAAUUUCGGCAGAAUGUCGCAUCUUCGAAAGCAUCAACGAAAUGUGUGUGGGAAAGGAACGCCCAGGUAUAAUUUAUUUUCAUGCAAGUUUUGUGAUGAGGAAUUUAAUCGAAAGAGCGACUUGCGUCAGCACUUCCUCAAUUGUGAAAAGAAGCCGGAAAAGCCAGACAAAGAUGUACUUGCUCCUACCAUUUAUUCGUGCGAUCAUUGUGGCAAAGAAUUUUCCAGAAAUUACGAUUUUAAACGUCAUCAGUUAUCCCAUACUGAUGAAAAGCCAUAUCCUUGCUCCCACUGUGCGAAAAAUUUCAAAGAAAAAUCCUCUCUUUACAAACAUGUAAAAAGAAUGCACUCGUCAUUAGCUGGAGAAAGUUUCAUUGAUGGAUCUCAAGAUGAAAGCAACGAAACAGAGGCUGCACAGCAGGCAAUAGCAACGAUAACGUCAUCCCAUGAUGCAAUUGUUGCCACUUGUAACUCAAAUGACAUAAUCGUGUCACUUGCACAGAGUAUAAGCUCCUCCACAGAUAGCGAUACCGUCGCUACGGCGCACGCUUUAGCUCAAGCUGGGAUUAUCGACAACCCGGACCAAAUUCUGCAUGGAAGCCAUACUAUUGCUGCUGCUGAUAUUUUGAAUUUUCCCGAGGUAGCUGCUGCUCUAGGGCUAAACCCAGGCAGUCAAAGUGAGCACAGGACGAUGGUGGUGACACAGCCUGUUGACGCACCAAGUAUGAUCACAAUGGACGGGGAGCACGUGCGAAUGCAAGACACGGGGCUUGAAGAAGGCAUUACUGAUCAGCCACAUAUUGAAGCGUCCGAUGCCAGUGCAAUAAAGCAGUUUGCUUCAACUACUGUAGCUCUUCAGCUUGAUACUGAUGGCCUAAUAAUCGACACAGGUGAAAACUCCCUAAAUCCUAACGACGAGCCAAUGAUAAAUGUAUCACAGGAGCAGAUCUCGGCUUCAACCGCAUCACAUCUUCACUCUUCUAAUGGUGUUCCCAGUAUUAGUCAAACCAUAGCUGGAGAUUUACUCAAAACUGGCCUUGGAGGCAUUUUAUCGGGUGCUGAUGCAGAGCGUGUUGCAGCCUCAGUUGGAAGUUCCCAGCGUGUUGAAAUGGAAACAGAAACACGGUUUGAUAACAGUAAAGAGCCGGGGGUUUUAGCAGAAAAUGAAGGGGAUGAUUCCGACAAGGAUGCAGUGUCCACUGUGAAUUCUUUCGAAGCACAAGCACGGGAGAUUCCAAUGUCAAUAGGAUAGAACCGCAGUAAGGAACAUGGAAACGAAAAGGUUUACCCAGCAGAAUUAGAAAAGAUUGAAAAUAUAAUAUCGUUAAAUAACAGUCCAAGAUUUCAUCCGGUCCAUAAGUGUACACAAAAUCUGGACAGCUCUUCUACUGCCGUGCCAUCAAAGAUAAAACUGCUUCAUCACCUGAUUUAUUUCUAUUAAGAACUUUCGUGUAGUUUUUCUAAAGAAUGCAUGUAUUGAAAAUCUGCUUGUUUAGAUUACAAAUCACUCAUGUGUUGUGUCAAUAAUUGCGAUGAUGUUAGACCUUCAUUUCAUAUCAUUUAACUGAAUCCAGACUCGUGUUCUUCAUGGGAUUUUGUUGAUAGUGGAAAGUCUAUAGACCUUUUUUACACCU